CGCGAAACUUUGUCCGAAGUCGACGAGCGCGGACGUUCGCCGCGUAUUAAUAGCCACCGUGAACGGUCACCGCAACCGAGGGCGGCCCCACGCGAGUUGAACCACAACCGCGCUCACAGACGCACGCGUCAAACGCAUUUAUCCCAUCUGACUCGGUACGUGUAAACACAUCUCGCCCUACGUAUAAUACGGAACUUAAAACCGAAACUGAAUUCGGAGUUCCUAAAAAGCCAAAUAGAACGCAGUUGAAAGCGAGAGCGACGUGCGUUCGGCAAUCGCGUAAAUACACGCUGCGAAAAAAGUGCCGUCAGUGAAACUAGUGAAAAGUUUUUAAACGCGCGCGGGGGAGCCACCCCUUGACGCCGGAAAAAAUCGGCCCCUCGCAUCCCUCGCCCGCCCGCCGCCGCCGAACUUUUCAUUCACCGGGAAAAAAAGUGUGGCAAGGCCGCCGUGACGUCACAGCGUCAAGUGGCCACGCGCGUUCCCUAGCAACCGGUGUUAUCUCCAGAAAGUAGGGGCCCGCGUCAGAGUGACAGUGAUGGGGGAAUUCGGUGGUGAUGUGGUGUCAGCGCGGUGGUUGUCGCCGGCGUGGAGAGAGCAGUGACAUGUAGCGAAGGUCGGGAGGACGGCGGACUAUAUGUGCAGCACGCAGCGGAGGGUGGCGAGGAUGCACCUGACGGGCGCGAGCAGCGGCGCCAUGUCGCCCGACACCAGCUCCACGCUACUCCACGAGACCUACACUAAGAUGACGUCAGACAUCCUCGCCGAGCGGACUCUGGGGGACUUCUUGUCCGAGCACCCGGGUGAGCUGGUCCGGACGGGCAGUCCCCAUUUCGUGUGUACAGUGUUACCGCCGCACUGGCGGUCGAACAAGACGCUGCCGGUGGCGUUCAAGGUAGUGGCAUUGGGAGACGUCGGGGACGGCACCCUGGUGACGGUGAGAGCUGGCAACGAUGAGAAUUGCUGCGCGGAGCUGAGGAACAGCUCGGCCGUGAUGAAGAAUCAGGUGGCCAAGUUCAACGACCUGAGAUUCGUGGGGCGCAGUGGGCGCGGAAAAUCGUUCACGCUAACGAUAACUAUAUCAACAUCGCCGCCGCAAGUGACCACCUACAACAAGGCUAUCAAGGUGACGGUGGACGGGCCCAGGGAGCCGAGGUCCAAGACCAUGUUGUCUCUCCUAGGGCAGCAGCAGCAGUUCCACUUCGCGUUCGGCCAGCGCCCCUUCCCCUUCCCCCCGGACCCUCUCGGAGGGUUCAGGAUGCCACCCAUCACUACUUGUCAGAAUAUGAGCCAAUUUGGGCUUAGUUCGAGCAACUCACAUUGGGGCUACGGCGGCGCAGGCGCAUAUCCGGCAUAUUUGCCGUCCUGCGCCGCACCAGCCGCCUCGCAAUUCAACCCACCCGCGCUGGGAUUCGCCGGAACUGUACCGGAUCAGACGCCGUCGCAAGAUUUUUCGGCUAAUAAUACAGUGCUACCGGACACGACAGGCGUUGAUCUGGACCAGCAAUUAUCAGGUCUCGUAGGUUCGUCACCAUCGCACCACGGCACCCUCCUACCGCGAUACAACAACAACGCAGACUACAGUCUAUCCACCGGUCCGCGAUCGCUGAGCGAUAACAGUUCGCAGCCCGAGUCACCGGUACAGGACGACUUACUAACGUCCAACACGACCACAAACGUCGGACACAAUCACUCGAACAGCACAAACUUCCCCUCUUUAAUGGGAUCGCAAAACUCCUCGUACGGCAGCAGUAACUGCAACAAUUCCCUGUACCCAGUUCUCCCCGCAAGUUUGUUAUACAGCCAGCUGUACACAGCUGCUAACCAAUCGCAUAACUUCCACCCGCUGCAUUCUAAUUCUAUUCAUUCGACGCAGAAUCAUCAUAAUGAGUUACAGACUAUGAUGGAUCAGAUAUCGUCGACGACCAAUAACCACAGACAUGGAAAUAAUGGGCAAGACUUGUUGUUAGGAGGUGGAAACUCUUGCGCGGCUGCGGCGGCACGGGGGGAAGACGGGAGGGUGAAUAACCUCGGACAACGUGGGAACCCGCAACCUGACAGCAACACAGUGUGGCGACCCUACUAAGGAUACCGUGACACUUCUUUCUUUGCGACUACUUUAAUGUGAAAUAAAAGGACAAUCAAAGUUGUGAAGAUUAUUAAGAAGUGUCGUUUGUUGACUGUCGAAAAGUGGUUUUACAUUUUUUGUCGGAUUCAUUUUAAUGGAAUCAAGUUAUCACAAGUGUAGGUUUUGAAUUAGAGCAACGAAAUAGAUGUCGAUUACGGCGUAUUGUAAUUACGUGUAAAAAUUAUAUGUAGGUGUAUGAAAUUAAAUGAUAUAAGAGGUUUGGGUUACUAGCAAAUUUCUAUGUUCUUGAAGUUCGGUCCCGUCCUGAAAUAUACGACUUUGAUAAAUGAUGGUUAACGUAAACAGUCGUGUUUAAGUAAAAUUAUUUUAUUUGAAAUUGUAUGAACUGAGUCUACAAAAAAAUCAUUUCUUCAAUCACAUCACGAAACCAAAUAGGUGUUUCAUUUGCGUUAUUAUUGUUUACACUUUUGAUAGACGAUUUAAAAAAAAGAAAGUGUAAUGAUUCAGUUGAAGGCAACAAAACUUUCCAUAUUCGUAGUUUGCCAUUUAGGUAGAUUUUUUUUUAAUUUGAAGUCAGAAAAUUAACUGACAUAAUCAAUUACUAAGUAUAAAAUGUUGACUCGGUUUAUAACAUAUAUUGUGUCUUUAUACUUUAGUUCAAAAUGUAAAUAUAACUGUGAAUAAUUUGUUGUAAUGCAUUUUGUAAAGUGCAAUUGAUGUGCAAUUAAAAGUUGAGUAGAUGUAUACUGAUCGACUUAGAGUGGGUUGCACCGUCAAUUUUGACGGUAACUUUAACCAGCGUAGAAGAAUUUUGUCCAAAAGUAAAAAAAAAAAAAACGUUAAAAUCAAGGUCAAAUUUGAUGGCGUAACUCACGCAGCUCGAGCUGCGCUCCUUCGUCAGUCUUCAUCGUCUAAAAUGUCGUACUUUGCGUUUUUCUGCGCAGGUUAAUGUUAACGUCAAAGUUGACCGGUGGAACGCACCCUUAGACUAAAAAACUCUAUCUGUUACUAUGUGAAUUAUGUCCGACUCUAGACCUGUCAAAUUAUUUUCACAUUUUUUUAGAUAAAUUAAUCUCUCUGCUUUAUUAAAAAGUGUUCGAUGUUAAAAUCUUCAAUUUUAGGAAAAAAUAAAAAUAAAUUAUAGGUUGCAUAAAUGAAUUUGCUUGUAUUUUCAUGUAAAAAUACAGCAUAUUAUGUAAUCAAAGUGUUAUACGCUACUUAUAUCAAAGUACAAGUAACACAUUAAAAACACAAUGAAUAUGGUUUUGCACACAUAAAAUAUAUUUCAUGAUAUCAAUUCUGAUUGUUCCCAAAAUUCAUUUUGGCAACCAAAUGUUAUGUAUUUACAUUUAAUAUUCUGUGCAAUAUUAAUUAUCAUAAGAACUUUAUAUUUUAUAUUAAUUUAUUUAAAUUGCGUAGCAACCAUUUCCGCUUGGCGUAUUUCUGUUGACUAAAGUAGCGGAUUAAUUUUACAUUAAAUAAAUUUU